UCCAUUUCGCAUCUGAAAAAAAAUCUGAUAGUUGGAGGAGAGUUCUUCAUGUCAGGGACUGCUGUAAACCUCAGAACAGAGUACUGUAGCUCCUAGAUCACCGAAGAUAAGCAAAUGGAUGCGAAAGAGCUGAGUGAUCCCAUGAAUAACGUGUCGCUGAUUAAAGAUAACUUGACCAAGUCAAACAUGGGAUCCUCGGGUGACUCAGAGGAAGUUAUCCAGCGCUUGAAAGAUGAACUUCGUGAAGCCCAGGAGCAAGCCAAUACUGAGAAACACAAAUUUAUGGAGCUGGAAGGUGUCCUGCAGGAAGAGAAAAAGGGAAAUAAGCACCAAGCUGAUGAAUCUGCCAAACAGAUCAAACUUCUUCAAGGCCAGCUGCGGCAGCUCCAAGAUGAAACGAGCACCCUCAGAGGGCAGAUGGAUGUCUCCUCCGGUUCACGCGACGAGUUACUAAGUGCCCGUGAUGAGGUGAAGGAGCUGAAACGUGCCCUGGAGGCAGCCGCUGCUGAGCGCCAUCGUGACGUAGCAGCUAUCCAGACUAACCUGGCAACCGUCUCCAAGGAUCUCGAUAAAUGGCGCCAGACCGCCAACAAAUAUGAGCAUGAAAUUGACAACCUACAGCGUGACCUUCAACAGCAGGGCAAGCAGUGGCAGAAAACUGCAGAAAUUCAAGCCGGCGAGCUGCAGUCCAUGCAGGCAGAGUGUAAUGGCCUUCAGAAGGAGUGUGCAAUGCUGCGAUCUGAAAAACAAGAAACCGUGAAUAAGCACCAGAAGGAAAGGAGCAGUCUGCAAAGUGAGUGUGCUUCCCUCAGGACUGAGAGGGAGGAACUCCUCAACUCUCACCAGAAAGACAAGGCGAACCUGCAGAGUGAAUGUGCACUGCUGCGCUCUGAGAAAGAGGCGGGGCUGCAGAGACAGCAGCAGCUGGAGAAGGACCUUGCCAGCUCGGGUGCCCAGAAUGCUGAGCUGAGCGACAGCCUCAAAGCCCUGGAGAGAUCCCAGCAGGAGUUAGAGAAAAGGCUGGUGGCCCUGCAGCUCCAGCACCAGCAGGACAGCACCAAGCUGCAAACCCAACUGGAGGAGGCAGACAGCCAGAGCAAGGCUCUGCAGAGAGAGUAUGAGGAGGCUAAGACGGAGCUGUCAGACCUGAAGGAAAAGUACGAGAAGACUGAGCAGGAAAAGCAGUCAAUUACAGAUGAGUUUGAGGAGUGCAAAGCCAACAUGAAGGAGUUACAGGACAAAGGGACAAAGACAUCCCUUUUGCUGCCUGUUCAAGCCAUAGUCAUCGGCCUUACCCUGGCUUUGCUGUAUUGGUGCUUCGGCGCAUUGUGGUAGUAAGAAGCCGUGGUUUGUCUGGGGACCUGUGGCUGCUGUGGCUCUAACAGCUGUGGCUGCUGCUCUGCUCCUCAGGACCUGAGGGACACGUGCUCAAACACACACAAACAUAAACAGAGAAGUGAACCCAUAAUUGUCAUCAGAUUUCUCCGCACUGAAACUGAAAAAACGUGCCCCUAUCAUAUCUGCACUAUUAAUUAGGAGGGCUCAUACUUAACACUGUUUAAUUUGUAAGAUGUUUUUGAAGGAAACAAGGUUGAGUUGUUUUUUUGGCUACUAUCAUAACUAAGGAUAGGAUAGGAUUAUCCAAUAAUGAAUGUAAAGGUACGCUACAAAGUUAUUUACUUUAAGAUGAUGAUGAUGAUGAUAUUUUAAAUGGAUAUCCUAGAGUUGAACCUCCCUAACUGUAACACAUCUCUGUAACUGUCCGAAUAAUAAAUAUUGUCACAAUAAUGUA